GUUAGAUGUUGAAAAGGUCAUUUUUAGCGUCACUGAAGAGGGCCUAUAUGUCCUACAGAAUACUUACCAAAGCUGAUCUAUCCAAGUUCUAGCUACUGUUAAAUCGUCAGCUUAAAACACACCUGGUCUCAUUCAUAACACUAUAAACUUAAAAUAUGGAAACCACUGUGUUAGUUACAGGGGGUUCUGGUUUAGUGGGAAAUGGGAUUCGACUAGCUCUAGAGAACAUUAACGGUUCCCUCAAACGAAAUAAUGAAAAGUGGAUAUUUUUAUCUUCCAAAGAUGUUGAUCUGACGGACAGUAAUGCUACUCGGGCGUAUUUUGAACGCAUGCGCCCAACCUACGUAAUUCACUUAGCUGCCAAAGUUGGAGGUUUGUUUGCCAAUAUGUCUGGCAAUCUUGAAUUCUUUCGGCAAAACAUGCAUAUUAAUGACAAUGUAUUAUCAAGUAGCCAUGCAGUUGGUGUAAAGAAGGUUAUUUCAUGUCUUUCAACGUGUAUAUUUCCUGAUCGUACAACUUAUCCAAUCGACGAAACUAUGGUACAUAAUGGACCUCCACAUGAUUCUAAUUAUGGAUAUUCUUAUGCUAAGCGCAUGAUUGAUGUAAUGAAUAGAGGGUAUAGCGAGACUUUUGGUGUUCUUUAUACAUCUAUUAUACCUACCAAUGUAUUUGGUCCAUUUGAUAACUUUGAUAUUAAUCAAGGACAUGUUCUUCCUGGUCUUAUUCAUAAAGCAUACUUGGCUAAAAGUAAUUUAUCUAGUUUUGUUUAAUUGCCUUUGGAUCUAAUUUACUGUUUUAAUACUAACUUUUCGUUUGGUCGCUCUUAAAGUCACCAUCGUUGAUUAGAUUUUGAAAAAUUAUGUGGUUUAAAAAUAUUUAAGCUAUUUGAUUUGUUUAAUUUAUGCGCAAGAAUAUUUUUUAAUGUUUAGCAACAUAGAGGACAUUUCAUAAAAUUUUGAUGGGUGAACACUUAGUUUAAUCAAAUAAAAAAUUCUGCCGAAAGUUCAUAAAGGGGUUUGAAAUUCAAAGUGUCAUAAUACAAAAUGUCUUGAGUAAAUAAACCAAAAGAUAGCUCUGAUUCAUCGUGUGCAAUAUGGUAAUGUUUAAUUUCGUAUUGUGGUGAGUCCUCAGGGACAGCACUUGUGCUUCUGCACCUCAAAUAUAUGACGUUAUGAUGAAAAGAUGCUUUAAAGGUUUGUGUUCCCUACAUGAUUUUAAUUGAUCUCUUCAUGGAUCAUUUGCCGCUGGACUUAUCCUCCUUAUGUUAUGCUGAUCUAUUUAAGCACUUGUCAAUUGUGUUUAGAUUUGUUGGAAUGCAUAUACUAGUUUUUAUUAUAUAUACUGAGUACGUAAACAUUUAUCCUUAAAUGGUAUAUCUAUAUAUAUGCUUAGAGAAUGGCGAACCUUUAACUGUUUGGGGUUCUGGUAAGCCAUUGCGUCAGUUUAUUUAUUCCGUUGAUUUGGGUCAUCUCAUCAUAUGGGCUUUACGGGAGUACAACGAUUCUUCUCCAAUCAUACUUUCUGUACCCGAAAGUGAUGAAAUUUCGAUCCGUCAAGCUGCCGAAGCAGUAGCCAAGGCGAUGGAUUGUCCUAAACUCGUUUUUGACACAACUAAAGCGGAUGGUCAGUUUAAGAAAACUGCAAAUGCAUCGAAACUUCGUCAACUUUAUCCUGAUUUUAAAUUCACUCCUUUUGAACAGGCUAUUGAAUAUACUUGCAAAUGGUUCCGUGAAAAUUAUGAAACUAUUCGGUGCUAGUUGUGCCUACAAUUGUCUGUGGAUAUGGCACUAUACGAUUAGUUAUUUUCAAUGUAUUUUUAUACUGUUUCACUGUAAUCUGGUUAGCUAUGGAAAAAGUAGUUUGAUUUUGAUUUUUGUAAUAAUCCUGAUAAUAUGUUCUAAAUAUUCAGUUGAAAUAAAUAAUUAUUCGCACAAAUCUGGAUGAACGUUUUUCAUAAUAUGACCAAUCUACAUCAAUUUGCAUGGCUACGUUGUGUUAUUCUCCAUGAAGCAAUCCACGAGAUUUGUGAUCUAGUAUGUGUCUGAUGCUAAACUUUGCCAAAACUGUUCAACAUAAUCACUACAUGACGUCUGUUCAUGAAGUAGGCAACUGCACUGUUAACAGGUUGACAAAGUUUCCAAAAGACUUACUACCUUCCAGCUCUCUUAAGCUGCUUAGUACUUUUAUAGUGCUUCACAAUGAAUUAUCCCAAGAGUCAACGUGAUCCAAGCUAGUAUAUUCCUAUCCAUAGUUUUAUUGAUAAUUGCUACAUAAAAGAUCAUAACGUUAUCAAAAUGUUUUCCCGCAAUAUUGUUUAUGACAACUAACACUAUCUAUGCAAGGAACAGUCAAACAUCCGGACUAUUGUUAUGAUACCUUAUAACUAUAUUAUUAUUAUUAUUGGCAACAGACUUGGACAUUGUUUUUAAAUAGACGCUAACCAUAGAAUAAUUAUAUGCAAAGUAGUAACUGGACAUGCUCAUCUGAAAGAACUAAAAAGAUAAGGCGAUGACUCAAGCCAAAUAAGUGACUUGACAGAGUUGCAAGUUAGCACAACCGGGAUUAAAAGAAUAAAAAACUGUCCACAAAAAUGUCACUUCGUCUGUAAUAUGCGGUGUUUUUCGUUUACAUUAAUUUGAUAUGAUCGUUGUAGAUAUGGUUGCAUCUCUAGUAUUAUUUCUGCUCUCGUUUAUUUUGAUCAUGUUUCCUCAAUCAAAAUAUGCUAUCUAUAUGAUUUCUACGUAUUUAUUUCGUUCACUUGAUAAUGCUAUAUAUGCGUUAUCCAAAUAAGAAUUCAACGUGAACUGCUUGGAGAUUCUUUUACUAGGUUAUUGAUCAUAUUGUGUGAGUAUUUCUGGCACUACCAGGCUAUUCAAACCUCAGUAGGAUAAAGGGAAUAUAAACGAAUAAAGUAAGCGGUCAAUUAAAUCUAUAUUCAUGUUAGAUGCUCAUUCAUUAUUUUAUAUAGACGUCAAAUUUAUCUAAACGAAUAGUAUACACUGAAAAAUAAAUAACUAUUAAUCUACUCAUAUUUAGAGUUGUAAUAUAAAUUUGAGUGUAAGAUAAGUUCCUGAGGAUUUAAAAACAUAUAUUAUCAAUUUGUGAAUUGGACUAUUCUAUAAAUAAUCUGACAAAUCCAAGAUGCCGAACAAUUCCACUUGUCUACAAAUCACUUCAUAUUCAAUGAAAAACAACACAUGCGGAAACCCACUAUUCCCAGUGGUGAUACUUAGUUGUUGUGCUGUGUUCAGAUUACAACUUAAAACAAUUUCAUUGAAGGCCAAAAACGUUUUUCAGUAUUCGAUCUACUUCUGAUCACAACAUUUUGACUAGGUCGGUAGAAAGCUUGAAGACAAAAUAUGUUUUAGCUGAAGCAUUAAAUAACCAGUACUGUGGUUGGGCGAGACUAUAAUUUAUGGACAAACCAAUCACGUAUAAAAUAACAGGCCUCAAAUUUUGACGCGAAAUUCACCCAUCCAUUUGGAUAAAGAGAGUCUUAGCAUUAUAGCUGAUGUCAGUUCGUGAAGAAAAUCCUAAAUUUAAUUCCCAACGCUAACCAUCAAAUGUCAGUCAUAAUUCUGAUUCCUUACGCUGGUUCAUAACCCUCAUUUGGUCCUAGUUAUUAGGUGAACACUCUCAAGGUCACUUUGGCGUCGUUCAAAAGUCGUCCAUAAAUUGUAGUCUCACUUGUGAUUGACCACUUAAAGGUGUCUACAGACUGCUGUUUCUUCGAUAAGCUCAUCACUUGGAUGGCUGUUGUCUGUUUAGUCGUAGCAGUUUAAGCAGGAUUCAAAAGUUUUCAUCUAUUAGUGUGGGAAUUCUAGAGCAAACAUUUUAAAAACACAUGGAGACAAGUUUCCACAAAAUGAAGAUUAAUGUCGAAAGUUACGUAACAACACCUCUGGAAGUGGGUAAAUUAAUAGAGUAAGGUGGGUAAAGUCUAAAGUGACACAAGAGUGAAGUUGUAAUUGAGAUUAUAAAGUAAAAUAUUACGUGGCUAAUUAAUUGAAACUGUAGUUAUCCCAGAAAUGAAAUAAUAGGAAAACAGGAACGAAGGGCUUGGAAUAUACUAUCGAGAAAAACCUAGUCCUUUUACGACUUAGCUCAAUCGAUAAAAUACCUGGCAAGAUUGGUUUUGCACUAAAUGCUACUUAACGAAUGACCUAUUCAGCCGCUAAACUAGUCUUUCUGUAUCAAACGCAUUGCCCAUUGAGACAGACAAAAAUGGACAAAUCCCUACCUCAUUACUUCCAAUCGUGUUCACCAGUUUACAUUUGCAUACUGGAGCGUAUACAUAGGAAAGACAAAAGGUGUGAUACUUGCUCGCAUUCCGCAAUAAAUGUGAGCAAAAUAUCGUAUUUUCAACAGUAUGUUCAUCAUCUGCUUGAUAGUAGACAGCGUUGAUACGUCAAAACAAGUAAACAGUGUCGAAUUUACUAUAUUUCACUGAAGUCAUCGUUAUUAAGAGAUAUUCAAAAGGAUGAAACCGUAAGUCUCGUUCCAAGGAUAUUGGCAUCCCAGUACUUGUAAUUCAGUCGCAAUAAAUAGUCAAUAGCCCAAAUGUGGGAUGUGUAACUUUCUACAUUUUCAUACAGUAUCAAAUAACUUGUUUUUCUAAGGUUAAUUUUUACUGACUUAAAAGAUGGAAAAAUGAGUAAUGACGCUUUCACUAUUCACUAUAUGGUUGACUAACAAAUACAUAAUUUUAAUAAAUUAUUCAUAAAAAUCUAUCUUUACACAGAUUACAUUAUCGUACACAGUUUGAAUUUAAAAAAUAUCUUUUGUUGUAUAGCUUUUCGGAAGCCAUUACUGGUUUACACGGCCUCAGAAACUUAAUAGUUUUUUUGCGCAUCAUCCAUACUAUUUCAAGUUGUCUUGGCCCUUAUUAUUAACACCAUAUCUACUUUCAUAAGGCGUUACAUUUUUCUAGCCAUAAUUGUCUAAUAUUUACAGUAGUACAUAUAUCCUAUUUCUAAGACUUAUACAUAGAUCAUAGCAUAUAAAUAAUACAAUCGAUAUUGUGAACACACUACAGUAUUAUUACCGAGUGAUAACUUCAUUUUGCCAGUGCAAUGUUUCAGUUUCUCAAACUUUUAGGAGAAUGCUUGUAGAUGAGUAAAAUGAACACUGUCAAUUUUGCUUGAUUUCUUAUUCUUGUGUACCUAUGACAAUUUAAAACCCCUUGACGAAAAUCUAAUAUCAAGUUUGACACAACUAAAGCGGAUGGUCAGUUUAAGAAAACUGCAAAUGCAUCGAAACUUCGUCAACUUUAUCCUGAUUUUAAAUUCACUCCUUUUGAACAGGCUAUUGAAUAUACUUGCAAAUGGUUCCGUGAAAAUUAUGAAACUAUUCGGUGCUAGUUGUGCCUACAAUUGUCUGUGGAUAUGGCACUAUACGAUUAGUUAUUUUCAAUGUAUUUUUAUACUGUUUCACUGUAAUCUGGUUAGCUAUGGAAAAAGUAGUUUGAUUUUGAUUUUUGUAAUAAUCCUGAUAAUAUGUUCUAAAUAUUCAGUUGAAAUAAAUAAUUAUUCGCACAAAUCUGGAUGAACGUUUUUCAUAAUAUGACCAAUCUACAUCAAUUUGCAUGGCUACGUUGUGUUAUUCUCCAUGAAGCAAUCCACGAGAUUUGUGAUCUAGUAUGUGUCUGAUGCUAAACUUUGCCAAAACUGUUCAACAUAAUCACUACAUGACGUCUGUUCAUGAAGUAGGCAACUGCACUGUUAACAGGUUGACAAAGUUUCCAAAAGACUUACUACCUUCCAGCUCUCUUAAGCUGCUUAGUACUUUUAUAGUGCUUCACAAUGAAUUAUCCCAAGAGUCAACGUGAUCCAAGCUAGUAUAUUCCUAUCCAUAGUUUUAUUGAUAAUUGCUACAUAAAAGAUCAUAACGUUAUCAAAAUGUUUUCCCGCAAUAUUGUUUAUGACAACUAACACUAUCUAUGCAAGGAACAGUCAAACAUCCGGACUAUUGUUAUGAUACCUUAUAACUAUAUUAUUAUUAUUAUUGGCAACAGACUUGGACAUUGUUUUUAAAUAGACGCUAACCAUAGAAUAAUUAUAUGCAAAGUAGUAACUGGACAUGCUCAUCUGAAAGAACUAAAAGAUAAGGCGAUGACUCAAGCCAAAUAAGUGACUUGACAGAGUUGCAAGUUAGCACAACCGGGAUUAAAAGAAUAAAAAACUGUCCACAAAAAUGUCACUUCGUCUGUAAUAUGCGGUGUUUUUCGUUUACAUUAAUUUGAUAUGAUCGUUGUAGAUAUGGUUGCAUCUCUAGUAUUAUUUCUGCUCUCGUUUAUUUUGAUCAUGUUUCCUCAAUCAAAAUAUGCUAUCUAUAUGAUUUCUACGUAUUUAUUUCGUUCACUUGAUAAUGCUAUAUAUGCGUUAUCCAAAUAAGAAUUCAACGUGAACUGCUUGGAGAUUCUUUUACUAGGUUAUUGAUCAUAUUGUGUGAGUAUUUCUGGCACUACCAGGCUAUUCAAACCUCAGUAGGAUAAAGGGAAUAUAAACGAAUAAAGUAAGCGGUCAAUUAAAUCUAUAUUCAUGUUAGAUGCUCAUUCAUUAUUUUAUAUAGACGUCAAAUUUAUCUAAACGAAUAGUAUACACUGAAAAAUAAAUAACUAUUAAUCUACUCAUAUUUAGAGUUGUAAUAUAAAUUUGAGUGUAAGAUAAGUUCCUGAGGAUUUAAAAACAUAUAUUAUCAAUUUGUGAAUUGGACUAUUCUAUAAAUAAUCUGACAAAUCCAAGAUGCCGAACAAUUCCACUUGUCUACAAAUCACUUCAUAUUCAAUGAAAAACAACACAUGCGGAAACCCACUAUUCCCAGUGGUGAUACUUAGUUGUUGUGCUGUGUUCAGAUUACAACUUAAAACAAUUUCAUUGAAGGCCAAAAACGUUUUUCAGUAUUCGAUCUACUUCUGAUCACAACAUUUUGACUAGGUCGGUAGAAAGCUUGAAGACAAAAUAUGUUUUAGCUGAAGCAUUAAAUAACCAGUACUGUGGUUGGGCGAGACUAUAAUUUAUGGACAAACCAAUCACGUAUAAAAUAACAGGCCUCAAAUUUUGACGCGAAAUUCACCCAUCCAUUUGGAUAAAGAGAGUCUUAGCAUUAUAGCUGAUGUCAGUUCGUGAAGAAAAUCCUAAAUUUAAUUCCCAACGCUAACCAUCAAAUGUCAGUCAUAAUUCUGAUUCCUUACGCUGGUUCAUAACCCUCAUUUGGUCCUAGUUAUUAGGUGAACACUCUCAAGGUCACUUUGGCGUCGUUCAAAAGUCGUCCAUAAAUUGUAGUCUCACUUGUGAUUGACCACUUAAAGGUGUCUACAGACUGCUGUUUCUUCGAUAAGCUCAUCACUUGGAUGGCUGUUGUCUGUUUAGUCGUAGCAGUUUAAGCAGGAUUCAAAAGUUUUCAUCUAUUAGUGUGGGAAUUCUAGAGCAAACAUUUUAAAAACACAUGGAGACAAGUUUCCACAAAAUGAAGAUUAAUGUCGAAAGUUACGUAACAACACCUCUGGAAGUGGGUAAAUUAAUAGAGUAAGGUGGGUAAAGUCUAAAGUGACACAAGAGUGAAGUUGUAAUUGAGAUUAUAAAGUAAAAUAUUACGUGGCUAAUUAAUUGAAACUGUAGUUAUCCCAGAAAUGAAAUAAUAGGAAAACAGGAACGAAGGGCUUGGAAUAUACUAUCGAGAAAAACCUAGUCCUUUUACGACUUAGCUCAAUCGAUAAAAUACCUGGCAAGAUUGGUUUUGCACUAAAUGCUACUUAACGAAUGACCUAUUCAGCCGCUAAACUAGUCUUUCUGUAUCAAACGCAUUGCCCAUUGAGACAGACAAAAAUGGACAAAUCCCUACCUCAUUACUUCCAAUCGUGUUCACCAGUUUACAUUUGCAUACUGGAGCGUAUACAUAGGAAAGACAAAAGGUGUGAUACUUGCUCGCAUUCCGCAAUAAAUGUGAGCAAAAUAUCGUAUUUUCAACAGUAUGUUCAUCAUCUGCUUGAUAGUAGACAGCGUUGAUACGUCAAAACAAGUAAACAGUGUCGAAUUUACUAUAUUUCACUGAAGUCAUCGUUAUUAAGAGAUAUUCAAAAGGAUGAAACCGUAAGUCUCGUUCCAAGGAUAUUGGCAUCCCAGUACUUGUAAUUCAGUCGCAAUAAAUAGUCAAUAGCCCAAAUGUGGGAUGUGUAACUUUCUACAUUUUCAUACAGUAUCAAAUAACUUGUUUUUCUAAGGUUAAUUUUUACUGACUUAAAAGAUGGAAAAAUGAGUAAUGACGCUUUCACUAUUCACUAUAUGGUUGACUAACAAAUACAUAAUUUUAAUAAAUUAUUCAUAAAAAUCUAUCUUUACACAGAUUACAUUAUCGUACACAGUUUGAAUUUAAAAAAAUAUCUUUUGUUGUAUAGCUUUUCGGAAGCCAUUACUGGUUUACACGGCCUCAGAAACUUAAUAGUUUUUUUGCGCAUCAUCCAUACUAUUUCAAGUUGUCUUGGCCCUUAUUAUUAACACCAUAUCUACUUUCAUAAGGCGUUACAUUUUUCUAGCCAUAAUUGUCUAAUAUUUACAGUAGUACAUAUAUCCUAUUUCUAAGACUUAUACAUAGAUCAUAGCAUAUAAAUAAUACAAUCGAUAUUGUGAACACACUACAGUAUUAUUACCGAGUGAUAACUUCAUUUUGCCAGUGCAAUGUUUCAGUUUCUCAAACUUUUAGGAGAAUGCUUGUAGAUGAGUAAAAUGAACACUGUCAAUUUUGCUUGAUUUCUUAUUCUUGUGUACCUAUGACAAUUUAAAACCCCUUGACGAAAAUCUAAUAUCAAGUUUGACACAACUAAAGCGGAUGGUCAGUUUAAGAAAACUGCAAAUGCAUCGAAACUUCGUCAACUUUAUCCUGAUUUUAAAUUCACUCCUUUUGAACAGGGUGAGUAAAACUUUCUACACACAUAUUUUAUUUAUUUAUUUUUAUUUGAACACAUAAAUAUUGGUACAAGAGGGCACCAAAUAUAUAUGCGCCACACAAAACAAUGAG